AUGGACCACGUAGAGACACCACCAGACUCCCCAUAUGCUCCUCUGCAAAUUCCAUGUCUCAGCACGGAACCCUAUGACGACCCCGACUUCUUAACAUACCCAGAGCGUGCAGGCUGGGACAUCGAUCGGUUACUAGCAGGAGACUUCUCCCAACAUGAAGACGCCGCAUCCUUUCUCCAGAACUGGCUCUUCUUCGGAGUCCUCUGGGAAGCAUUCGGUCCGAUUGGCAGGGGCGCAAAGCACCACUACAUCCAGCCGCAAGAAGGCUACCCGAAUGGCACCAUCACCGUCGCCUCGCUCGACGAACAGAUCCUCCAGCUCACAUCCUUUAUCAGCGCCACUUUUCAAAGUGACAAAGCUGCUGCGCAGACCGUGGGACAUCGCGUCGAAACAUGUCUCAGGACUGUAUCCCGGUUCUGUCGUCUUGCGACGUGUGAAGGGGACCCUCGCCCGGGAUUCAAGGUGUGGCCGCUGUCGCCUGAGAUUGACCUCUCUAUUAGGGCAUUAAGCCAGCGGUUAUCUUGGAGCUUUGCAACAAGCGCGAUGAAUCUCGUCUUCAGUUCUUCGACUGGGGGGUUGGAAUUUUCUUGCGCCUGGCUUCCACUCAGGCGCAUGCAGGCGGCUGGGUGGUGCAUCAGCGAAGUCGCUAUGGUCGAAGAGACUUUCACUUCUGCAUCGGCGUAUUAUACAUCUGAAUUGAAACCGCCGCCAUCUUCAGAGGAGAAGGAUCAUUCCGAGUGUACGAGGAACUUGUGUAUGGCGCGGCAACUUAACGAGGAGACGUACCGUACAGCACAUUGUCCUACACCUCAUACAACUGCAGAAUGUGACUGUCAGCAUUACGGUCCACACAUUGAAGAUGUGACUGCCAUCCUUGAAUCCGGGGGUAUUCCAUUGCUAUCCAUCACGCCGACCAAGAAGGAACCAUACAUCAAAGUUGAGGUGGAGCGAUACACUGAAGGGAAACGAUACAUCGCGUUUUCACACGUCUGGUCCGACGGGCUGGGGAAUCCCUCCGCGAACACUCUGCCUCAAUGUCAGCUACAGCGCAUCCACGGUCUGUUAGACGAUCUUGUCUCCGGGAUACGCUCAAUCGAUCUCGUUAAUAGAUUAGCCUUCAAAGAGCUGUGGAAGAAGAAGUUCCAUGGGCCGUCGCUUUUAUUCUGGAUGGACACCAUGUGCAUCCCUGUCGCUGAAGAACACCGUGAACUGCGCUCAAAGGCCAUUAAGUCUAUGAAGGCCGUCUACGAACGAGCUUUUCGCGUUCUGGUUCUUGAUGCUGACAUUCAGUCGUUCCCCUCCAGUGACUAUACGCAGUCAUUCAUGCGGAUCCGACUGUCCGCGUGGAUGAGACGUCUCUGGACCCUCAACGAAGGUGUCCUCGCAAACAAACUGUGUAUUAAAUUUGCAGACGGAUUCUUAGACGUCCAAGAACGCGCAGAGGCGGCACAGAAGGAGAGCUACGAGUCUGAACUGACCAGUAUCAAAGGGUCAUUCGGAACUCCCAGUCGCGACGCUGACAAUUUCCAUUGGAAGUUCCGCCUUCUUCGAAUUAAUGUCAUAUCGGAGCCUGAUCCGCGUCUGGUUAAACGCACAGAAACAAGUAUCACGAGUCCUGGAGCCAAACGGUGCUUCGCGAUCAUGGAAGCCUUCAGUGCUGCCUUGUACCGCUCGACAAGUAAAGAGAGGGAUGAAAUGCUCUGUUUCGCAAGUUUGAUCGGGUGGGACACGUCCUUGCUAAAGGGGCUUCCAUUCGAAGACCAUAUGCAUGCAUUACUAUCAACUGAGUCCCAGCUCCCACAGGGCAUGUUGUUUCUUGCUGGGCCGAGAAUGAGGCAGCGCGGCUGGCGAUGGGCCAUCAACCGAUUUGGGAACUGUGGUGCAAAGAGACUGAAUGUUAAAUCCGAUGAUAUGACUCCUGGCCUUGUUACUGAGGACGGAUUUGUCGUUGAUUACAGUGCACUGGUUUUACCGGCGGGUUAUACAAGGGAGCAGCUAGAACGCGCAACCGUGUCUGCCGAGCUGGGGAAUGGGAUCGUGGGCACAUUCGAAAUCAUACGGCAUGAUGAAGGCAUAAGUAACGCCACAGCGGAGUCUGAGUCUCAGUCCGAGGACUCCGAUUAUGACCAGCUGUACGUGUUGUUCUGGGAUGCCAUUGGGACCAUCGCCCCUAGGACUCCGAUGCCAGCUGCAAUCGUUUCAGGGCCUUCUAAUGAGGACCUUGUGAAGGGGGAGGUGGUGUACCGGUUCGAGUGCCUCGCGUAUUUGGAGGUACUCGAAAAAGGUGUAGGGGAAUUGGAAAAGGACGAUGGAUUGGCUCAAUUGGUGAGGAAGAAGUGGACCAUUGGGUAA